GUUUACUAGGUGUAAGAGAUAUCAACUGAGUAGAAGGAGUUUUUCAUUUUUUAGGGAGCCUAUGUUACUAGGGAAGCAGUUGCUUUCUGUUGCCUGCAAUACACCAAAAGACCUGUGGGCUGGAAGCACCAGGCUUCUCUGCCCUAAGCAACUGCUUUCCCAGCUAGGGGCCAGCACUCGCAGAUGGCUGCCGGGCAAUGUCUCCAUCUCAGUCUGGGCCACCACCACAGGCAGUGAUUCAUGAACAUGACAGGAAGGAGCUCUUUCAAAUCGUCUGUGUGUUAAUUAUACAAAUGUUGGUUGAUGUCCUACUGUGUGACAGCACUUUUGGGGACAUGACCAUGAACAAGACAGACAAAGGUCCUGCUUCUAUAGAAACUUAAUCCAGAAAAAGUCCUACCGUUCAAGUCAGAAAUGGGAAAGAUUGAGGGUGAGGGUAAGAGACAGAGGAUAAAAAGAGGAAAGGAGUGAUAUUUCUAGAAUGUAAAAAGCCUAUAUAUUACCUGUAUUUAAUCCUCAAAGAACUCUCCAACAAUAUGACCACAGUAUCCCCUAAACAUAAUCUCUCAUGUAAUGGUCUAACUGACCCUUGUGGCAGGCUAAGAAAACAUCCCCAUUUCCAGAUGAGGAGACCCAGGCCUAGAGAAGUGGACUCAGCUCACAUAACGAGCAGAGUCUGAAGUACAUGCAGGUCUUUUAGCCUACAGUCCGGGGCUUUUCCACAAUAUCACAGCACCUCUGGAUGUGGACACUUGGCACUUCGAUAAUAGGUGGAAUGAGAAAUAGAACCAGUCAUAUAUAAAGGGCAGGGAAGGUCGCUUUGUGCUGGCUAUUCUCCUUUUGACUCCUUCCACUCCAUCCUUCUCUGGCCUGUCUUGUGCCCUGGGAGGCUGACUGCUACAGAAGGCAUCACCCAGUCUCUCUUGCAGGCUGAUUUCUGUUCGGGUUCACCCAAUGGGAGAUGCUGAAAGGAGAGCAGUCACAGAGGAAAGAGAGGUUGGGGUAUUUCCUUCUUCCUCUUUCCCCACUUUGUUUAAUGUUUCUGGCGGUAGCUGUGUCCCUCGGCAAUAUAGUUUUCUCUGAACAGCCCUUUCUUCAUGGUUCUAGCUCCCAUUAGGCCUCAGGAGCACUAUUUGCUCCUCCAAUCUCUACAGCCCUAAGGGUGUAAUGGCUUCCUAUAGUUGUUAGCUUAUGGGCACCCUAUCAUCCCCCAUCUGUUCCUGUAACUUUGCUCAUACCUCUGCGUGAAGUCCCUUCAUUAAAGUUUCUUCAUGUGACUCAUCUGGGAUGAAGGUUGUUACCUGCCAGGAUCCUGACUGAGUGUUCUGAGCAUUGAGGGAUGCUGACAGGGAAGGGAAACAGGGUUAUGAAAAAGGUCUUGGUCUACUUGAUAUUUGGGCCUAAUGCUAGCCCUGAGUAGGAGCUUCUAGACAUGGAAACACAGGGAGGAGAUACCAGAGUGUAUGGGGGUCACAGCUCAAUGACAAGAUCAGUCCAACAUCACUUCCAGUGUGUUGAUUUCAUUGACUCCAUGGCCUGCAGUAGACUGUGCUUUCCUUUGUACUUCCAUAGCUCCUGCUCACAGCUUUAUAACUUUCUAUUUACCAAAAUCUUUCCUUCAAGCCUCUCCUUAAAGGCAGGGAGAGAGAUCUUCUCAUUUUUCUCUUCUUUAUUUUCCUCAUACUUCCUAGUGACCAAUAGGCACUUAAUAAAUGCCUCCUGGAAUUUAUGUUCCAAGGUGAUGUCCCUAAGAAAUUGAAGUGAUCUGACCGUGUGCCAUAGAGAACUUGGUCAGCAAUAAUGACUAAAUUCACAACUGUGGUUUAUUCUAGUUGCAGAAUUUGUAUGAAAAAGAAAGAUGUUUCAUGCUUUACAGCUCCUCCUGUUCUUCAUUUCAGCCUGUGGGAGACGGGUUUCCACACUUACCAGAGGAUGAUUGGCUGUGAGUUACUGGAGGAUGGAAACACCACGGGGUUUCUCCAAUAUGCAUAUGACGGACAGGAUUUCAUUAUCUUCAGUAAAAAUACCCUCUCCUGGAUGGCUAUGGAUAAUGUGGCUCACAUCACCAAGCAGGCAUGGGAGGCCAGUCAGCAUGAGCUACAAUAUCAAAAGAAUUGGCUGGAAGAAGAAUGUAUUGCCUGGUUAAAGAGAUUUCUGGAGUAUGGGAAAGGUACCCUACAAAGGACAGAGCCCCCACUGGUCAGAGUAAAUCACAAAGAUUUUCCAGAGAUUGCAACUCUUUACUGCAGAGCUCACGGCUUUUACCCCCCAGAAAUUUCCACGAUCUGGAUAAAAAAUGGGGAAGAAAUUGUCCAAGAAAUGGAUUAUGGAGACCUUCCUCCCGGUGGGGAUGGGACCUAUCAGACAUGGGUGUCAGUUGAGCUGGAUCCUCAGAGCAGCGACCUUUACUCCUGUCAUGUGGAGCACGGCGGUGUCCACGUGGUUCUUCAGGGUUCCCAGGAAUCAGAAACUAUGCUUCUGGCAAUGAAAGCUGUUGGGUUCAUUGUCCCCACCACUGUCCUGUCUGGAGUUGGUGUCGUAGCCUGGCAAAGGAAGCCCUGAGGUGAGAGGCCUGUGGAAGGAUCCUAGGAGUUGGCAGACUGUCUCUCCACAGCUCCAAUGAGUUUUAUUUUCUGCACCUGCCACUCUAAGCUCCAUUUAGAAAUGGGUUGGGCCUCACUUUGCAAUCACAGGCCCUAGAACACCCCUCUCACCAUAUAGGGAACACACACCAUGGAUGAUGCUUGUAAGGAGACUGGUCUGUUCCAUAGGCGGUGCCUGACAUCGACAAAGUAGCACAGCUCCUGUCCAGGUGGACAGUCCUCCUAGAAGUUGGGUCAGAGAAGAUACAGUGACAUUGGUUUGUCUUUUUCCAAGUGAUAUUGUUAUGAUUAAUUACUAUCAACUUUUGAGGGAAUUUUGUCCUUGGUUUCAAAACUUCCGUAAGUUUUCCCAUUUUGACAAACAUUAUUCUGCUUCAAUCAUAUGGAAGUCACUUUUCUUCUAAACUCAUCUUUCAACCCAUGAAACGUGGAAGAGAUACCUUUGGAAAAUGGAAUUCAGGGUAAGAAAAAGGGGAAGGAGAAAUGGGAGAGAUAUAGGCUCUUAGUACCUUGGGGAAAAAACUUCAUUCGUUCAGUAAACAUGUCUUAAAUGCCUACCAUGUUCUAAGCACUGUAUUAAAUGCUGGGAUGUAGCAAUGCAGAAGACAGACAUGAUCCCUCUUAGAGAGCUUACAGUCUAGUUUUGUAAGGUCAUUCCCCACCUCUGGCCUCACUAGGUGCUCAAGUUGAUCACAGCAUAAUAUUGAUGAGUCCUGGAUAAUGGGUUUGAAGCCAGUGUGGGCCAGGAAUUUGGCUUUGUUUCAUAGCCACAGACUUAAACCUCGAUUCAGGUGAUACCAUGCAAAGCAUGUUAUUAGUUCAAAGUAAAACCAACCCUCUACUAGAAAAUUAACUCAGAGUUAAUGAGCCAUUAUGUUUUCUUUAGAAAGUAUAGCACCAAUCCCAAUCCAGCAAGUGAUAGCUGCUGAAGCAAAAAAAAAAAUUUUUUUUCUUUUUAUACAGUGACACACCUCUCUCAAGAACGAUACGCACCGUGUGUUCCUGCUUUUUAUCUUGCGGAGUUUGUGAAUUUGAGUUAAAGUUUGUCAAGUACUAAGAGAAUCUUGACCAAGUAGACUAAAAAUGUCAAUGCCAGCUUCUCAGUCUUUGCUGAACAUUGCAUAAUUUAUUUUUGAGCUGUAAGGAAAAAUGCACAUAUCUGACUAAAAACUUUUCCUUUCAGAGCAAAAUGGAGUUGUCUACCUUCCUACACCAGAUCACUGACGGGAGAUGGCUAUUUUCCAGCUGUCUUUCCUCUAGGAACCAUGGUCUCCUCUGUCCCAUAUGGACUCCAAGUCCAGCACUCAAAGCUCUUGACCACACCCACAACAGACAUGGACAUUAUAGGAUUAAUUAUUUAUGGCAGACAGAUAGGAGCUACAAAAUGUUAUUUGUUCUUUGGCUCCAAAAAGACUAUCAGCUAUCAGGCUCUUUGGAUGGACUCCUUCAUUACAUUUCCCCUAAAUGUGGCUGCUCUCAUGGCACAACACUUCUUUACGUCCCAUUUGUCAACAAUGGUUUGCGGGUAGGUUAGAGAAUCUCAGGGCUGGGAGAAAACUUCAAUCCAGGGCCGGAAAUGUCUUCUCCAAUGCCUUUGCCUUGAGCAUCUAGCCUCCGCUUGAAUUCCACCAGUGAACGUCACCUCACUACGUCACAAAAGGCCUUUCUCUUCUUUCAUGAGAGUGUUGACUAGGCAAAAGCGGUGGGUGCCAUGACUGUGACCCUACAGACAGGUUGGACCACCCCGUGAGAGCAGUCAGCCAGUCUCUACAAUGGCCUGUGCACUGGUGGGAUCAUUUUACACCUUCCCUGGCCUGAGAGAAAGCAAAAGUGCCCUGUUCUUUUGCCAGGCAGCUCUGCCUGGUAGCUUGGCAUCUUGGAAAUAUACCUGGUCAGAUUUGUGGAGGUGAUUUCAUUCUGUCUUUUGUAAGAAAGUAAGUAAAAUAAGUAUCGGACAUUAUCACCUUUAGUAGAAAUACAGAGACUUGAACCCAAUUGCUAUCUUUUAAUGUAAAAAUGAUAGUGUGUCUCAGAAGAGCAUCCAGUUCUAAGUUCUGUCCUUCCUCUACUGGCUUAUUGUAGAUGGGCCCAACUCAUCUUUAUACAUGUGCUUUUUCUCCGUACAUCUGCCCUGGGAAUACAUAAAAGCCCCACUGUGAGAAUUAACAUCCCCUUGAUCCUCCUUACUCUUCCCAACCGCCUAAAAUCCUCACCAUCAUUUACCUCUUGUCCUGCCCUCUGUAGCCACCGGUCCUUGGGUUGACCAUCAGUUAUACAUUCAUCUGUCCCACUUCACUGACUCUGUCUGACCGGACACGUCGGCUCUGAUACUCGCUUCAGUGGCCCCAACUUUGACAACUGACUUUGAACAUGUAUGUCAGACUUGACCUUUGCUUUCCCUUGACCAAUGCAUUUGCCCUCUGGCUUUAAUCAUCACAGCCACAGGUACAGACCCUCUCAGCGUGCUAGGGCUAUUCCUUGCUCCACUGUCCCCACCUCCUUCCAUGGUUGAAGCUCCCACCCCGUGUCUCUUUGCUGGUGCCCGCUGAGUUGCAUAAAAGAACAACUGUGUUUGUUUAUUUUGCUUUUAGGGUUGCCAUGGGCAAUUGCCAUACCAUCUUUUAAGCAGUGUUGCACUGUGAGGAGAGCAGCUUUAUUUCUGGAAUGGUUUCUUCUUACAAUUAGAAUAGUUAGGACUUAAAAUAUUUUUGGAUGGACCCUUACAGUGAUUCAGAUGUUGUAUCUAUAUAAAUGUCUUCUCCAACUGCCUGGUACUCUCAUCAAACACAUGAAUGGUCAAAGCCUUUUUUGUGCUCCCAGGGCCUUGCCCUACACUUGUCCACAUGGAUGAAGAGGAGGAGGCAGAGGCAAGGGCAAGGAUGUGGUGAUGAGACCUUCUGUAGUGCAAUUGCAGCAUCUCUGUUUCUCCCUCGGGGAUUUUAUAAAGAGAGUUAUCAUAUAAAUAUAAUAUAAAGGGAUGAUUUUUCAAUAAUAUGAACAAUUUUGCACCUUCAUUUUACAAGUAGCUCAAGAUUACAUUAUUUCUUAAUAAUUUUAGACUUAUUGCUUCAUUAACUUGUGUUUGUUGCUUACAGAUGCUUGGUAAUUGGAAACUAUGAAAUAUUUGAUAAUGUAAUCUAAACAUUAAAAACAAAGGGCUGUGCUAUCCCCACAGCCAUGUUUUGACUUUGGAUUGUCUUUACUUAAUAUUUGGAUGAAGAACACUGGAUGAGAAAUCUGUUCAACUCUCUUCUUCAUCAUAUUUUUUUUUAACUCUAUUGUCUAUUUUCUUUUUAAGCACACACAGACCAAACUAUAGUCUAUUUAAAUGGCAGUGUAACAGGGAGGGAAGAAAAGCAGUUUGAAGAGCAGGGUGAAAGUCAGGCAAAGUUUUCCUGGACCAGGCUCCUCUGUUGUAGGGGUGAGCUGUCCCAUCGGAGGGCUGGCCUUCUCUGCCUCUUCCACUAUUUUCAAGUUCUUCUGGGCCGUUCCUUAUUUCUGAGGAACCAUGUACUUGGUUUUUCCUCUUCUACUUUUUUUUUUUUUUAAUAAAUUUAUUUAUUUAUUUUUGGCUGC